GAGGGCGAAACAGGGAAUCGGUUGGCCCAAUGUCGUCAUUGAAGCAGGGACUGCAGGGGCCUCGUCAAUGAGAUCGGCUUCUUAUAUCAACAAUGGCAUCUGGCCAUGUCUCCUUCGCCAGCGCUCCAGGCUUCCCUUCCAACAGAGCAAACCUUCAACUCCCACGCUCAUUCAUCUCCUCUGAUUUUCUCAGGUCGACCCCCUCAAGACCCCUAGAGCAGCGGUGCGAUGGUCGGCAAACGCACGCUUAAUACAGCCAAGAACCAAGCAGAUGACAAUUGGCUGCAGGCAGAUCUGGAGCCUGGGCACGGUACGAGACGAUUUUCGGGCUUCAAGGAUGCCGUCGAGUAUGUCUUGGAUCGCCGAACGACAGCGGUGUUAAAGGAGCAGCUGCGGGGAAGCGUGGAUAGAGGAGCUUUCGAGAGGGCCAGGAAAAGUGCUGAGGAGUUGAAGCAAAUCAAGAACAAGAAGGUCCGCAAAUUCUACGAGAAACAAAACGCUACCCUGGACGAUUGGGCCGAAGUGGACACGAUCGUGCUGGCCAUGGCCGAUGAGGUGAUGGAGAGCAUGAACACCGACGCUGAUCACGAUGGGAUUCGGGAAAGAGAAGGCAGACUGCAGCACGUUGAAGAGCACAUUGACUACCUUUUGCCGGACGAGGUACUGAGAAGAAGACGAAAGGCAGAUCGAAACGCCCGGUGGGCAAUCAACAUCAACGUGAUCGCCAACAUCGUUCUCCUCGUUGCCAAGGGCAUAGCGGCGCUCAGGUCCUCCUCUCUGUCGUUGAUUGCCUCUCUCGUCGACUCGGCGCUGGACCUGCUCUGCACAGCGAUCGUGUGGACGACAAACAAACUGGUAUCUUGGAGGUUGUCGGCACUCGCGAGGAAGUUCCCAGUCGGUCGGCGGAGGCUGGAACCGAUUGGGAUCCUCGUGUUUUCCAUCAUCAUGGUUAUCUCAUUUCUUCAGAUCCUGCAAGAGUCGGUCGAGAAACUGCUCCCGAGCGGCGACCACGACAUUGCUUCCCUGGGCGCACUGGCGAUCGCUUCCAUGGCCGGGACCAUCGGUAUCAAAGGUUUGAUCGGGUUGGGAUGCAUAAGGAUCAAGACCACACAAGUGCAGGCACUGGCCCAGGAUUGCAAGACAGAUGUGUACUUCAACACGCUGUCGUUGCUCUUCCCGCUGAUCGGUAAACAGGCCGGGAUUUGGUGGUUGGACCCAUUGGGCGCAGCACUGCUUUCGUUGUACAUUAUUUACGACUGGGCGGACACCUGCAUCGAAAACGUCAGCAGACUCUGCGGCCUUGCAGUGGACGAGACGCUGCAGAAGAAACUCAUAUAUCUCGCUUAUCGAUUCAGCAAUGUGGUGUCUGGAUUCAAAUCUGUCAUUGCGUACCACGCUGGAGAUGGCGUGUGGGCAGAGUUUGAUAUAUUGUUAGAUGAGAAAACACCAUUGAGGCGCACACACGAUAUUGCCGAGACUUUGCAGUACUGUUGCGAGGCUUUGACUGAGGUUGAUAGGGCGUUCGUGACCACAGACUAUUCUGUACAAAACCCGGGUGGACAUUCUCAAGACUUGGUGUAAAUCGGAUAAAAGACUGAGAAUGCUGGUACUAUACCAUGCAUGGCGA